AUGCAGUUGGGAAGAUUGCUGCAGAGGAAAAGGAAGUGGGAUAUAGAGUAUCCUUCCUUUCCAGAAGAGAAUCCACCACAGGUCAGAAGAGCCAGUCUUAGGACAGUGGACACAGCUUCUACCUCCCUCUCUGAAGCAUGGCUCAAGUUUGGAGAAGGAUUUCAGGACAUCUCUGAAACUUUGCCAGUAGCUGCCAAGGCAACUAUUACAAAAAAGGAUAUUGAAUUAUCUCCAAGACCAAAGAAAGAAACUACCACAUCCAGUACCAUUGAGGUCACAAAUAUAACAUGGAGUUCCAGUGGAAGUGAUCUGUCAGAUGAAGACAGGACACUUUUUAAAUUACAGAAAAAUAAUGGGAAUGGCCCUGGAAUAGGCAGGAAGACUUUGCGUCCAGAAGAUGGAGACAGUGAAGAUGAAUUACAGUUUAUUGACUGGGAAAUGGACAGUGACAGGGAAGAAGCUAGUGAAGGCAAUGAAUGUGACGAUAGAGGGAACACCGUGGAAAUCUCAGAUUGUGCUUCUUGUGCAAGUAGUCAUUCUUUGGCAAGUGAUGACAGGAAACUUGAGCUUAAGGCAACUUCUACAGAAAUUUUGGAAUAUUCAUCAGAUAGUGACAAAGAAGAUGACCCAGAGAAUGUCUUGGUUAUUAAUUCAGAAUCUCCUUACAAAUACCAUAUGGAUUUUGGAUCCAAUGUGAGACAGGCUGCAGAUGGACUUACAGGUUCAAGUGUGACAUCAACAGAGCCCAUCUUAUGUACACCCCAGAAACAGAUAGCCAAGUCUCCCAAGACUCCAGAAAGUUCAGCAAAGAAUAAAAAACUUGUCAGAGGUGGCCUGGCAGAAAGACUCAGUGGAUUGCAGAAUAGAGAAAGAUCUGCCAUUUCUUUGUGGAGAAUUCAAUAUGGUUCUUACCAAAAGACACUUUCAGGUGGACAAUCUGGUGUAUUAAUUGUAAAGAUUCUAGAGCUACAUGAGGAAUGCACCAUGCAAGUUGCCAUGUGUGAGCAGUUAGUGGGCCCACCAGCCACCAGCCCUACCCACAGUGGGACCCCAAGGCCUGGAGCUUGCCUGAAGGUUCUCUUCACCCGGGAGAUGGCAGGACACCUCCGAGGACACCCUAAGGACAUCAUCCAUAUCUUCCCUCCCUGGCAGAAACUUAUUAUACCAAAUGGAAGUUUCCCUAUUAUUCUGAAUGCUUACUUUUGCCAGAAAAUGGUUGCCGAAGAAGAUGCAAAAACAACUCAUGAAAUGUAUACACCCCUACCAAGGAGAAGCAUCACUUUGGCCCAGAUCUUUCAAAUUAAGGAUCUAACAAAUAAUUUGCCUAAAAACCAGGUUAUAUGUAGUGAUCUAGCCACUUCGCGCAUAGACUGGAGCCACAGGCAUGAAGAGACAGAGCAGCAUCUUGCAGCUGGUACUCCCCUAAGAAGUUCUCUCUUAGACAUGUUAGGAAGCCUGGGAGCUGCCCCAUGGAAUACAGUGGGGGUCCGAGUGAUAGUACAGAGAGUUUACUCACUUCCUGGAAGAGAUGGCACCAAAAUCCAGCAGAGGAGCCUCCCAGAGAACACAGACCCACCUGGGGCUCGACUAUGCCUUUUAGUACAAGAUGCCUAUAGAAUGUUUGGUGAAGUACACAUGGAGGGAGCUGUCUCAAAGAUCAGAGAGUUGGAAGGAAAGCCCUGCAGCCUGACGGGAGUGAAGGUUCUACAGAAGGCCACCAGAGUAAGGACACCUGGACUCUUCAGUUUGAUUGACACCCUGUGGCCCUCAAUGAUGCCACUGAAAACCCCCAGCCAAGACCAGCCCUGUGAAGAAGUAAAAACUAAUCUACCUCCUCCUGCCUUCUGCUAUAUCCUCUCAGCUCUUCCCAGUGUGGGACAAAUUGACAUAAUUGAAGAUAAUUCUCUUUUGAAACUUUAUCAGCCUCCAGUUCUCCACUACUUAAAAGAAAUUCUCCAGAUGCCUGAUGUGGUUGCCCGGUGCAGUUUCUAUGCCAGAGUGAUUUAUCAAAGGCCACAGCUGAAGAGUCUACUUCUUUUGGAGCAAAGGGAGAUUUGGUUGCUGGUCACUGAUGUGACCCUCCAAACAAAGGAUGAGAGUGAACCCCACCUCCCUAAAACCCUGCCAGUCUGUGUGACCUCCUCUUGUGUGCUGGGCCCUGAAAUCCUAGAAGCACUCACCAUGGCAGUACCUCACACCAUUCUCUUCAGGGAUGCUCUCCGAGAACAAGGUCAGAUUAUUUGUGUGGAACGAACCAUCCUCUUGCCUCAAAAGCUGUUUGUAUGUGUGGCCUCUGGUGUUGGCCCCUGUGAACUGCCUGGCCCAGUGAUGCUGGAUGAACUAAACUCAUUCACACCUGUCAACUGCAUUUGCAGAGUGCAAGGGGCAGUGGUUGGCAUCGAUGAGAGCACUGCUUUCUCCUGGCCAGUGUGUGACCAGUGUGGCAAUGGGAGGCUGGAACAGAGGCCAGAAGAUGGAGGUACCUUUUCCUGUGGAGAUUGUUUGAAGAUGGUCACAUCCCCUGUUCUCAAGAGGCACCUACAGGUCUUUCUGGAAUGCCCUUCAAGACCCCAGUGUAGUGUGAAGGUCAAGCUGUUGCAGAGCAGUAUUUCUUCACUGCUGAGGUUUGCCGCCUGCGAGGAUGGGAGUUAUGAAGUGAAGAACAUCCUUGGGAAGGAGGUGGAGUUGUUAAGUUGUUUUGUGCUGUCCGUAACCACCCACCCAACGCACUGCAUCAGACUGGAGGAAGUUGAACUUCUGGGUUCAGGAGCCCCUGCAAACAGAAGGUCACCUUUGGAUCUGUGAGCCCAGCAAACCCUGCCACCAGGAUGGGGGUGGGGUGGGCUUGGGUAGUUAAUUUGUUAACUAUUGACAGAGUGAAUAUACUUUAU